UUACCCGUUAUACGAACGCAAACGGUUUUCCCCCAUUGAUCAUUAAAUACGAGAUGUUCUGUUUCCAAACCCCGUUCACACGCGCUUCACGCGUGCUCGUGUCUUCUCUGUCAUCCAGCAAGACGAAGACUUCAUCUAUGAGCAUGAUCCUACCAGUGAAUAAAUCUUCCUCAAACACCAAGUGUGAUAGACGAGACUCAGAAGCAACCAGCGAGGGAUCAGCCUCUUCCAUCAGAUACAUCGAUCAAGAGCCUUCGAUUUCAGACAACAGCAGCACAGACAGCACUCUUCCAGACGUGAAGGCAGACUACCUGGAUCCAGAAUCCUUGUCUCCUGGACCAGAGACUACUCUAACGACGAAUGGAAUAGACGAAGAAAGUGAUUACAGUAAGCUACUUGAAGACAACGAUCCAACUCACCACGUGUCAUCGUCCCCGAAGAAACGAUCGUUCAGCAACAGACGGUGCAGAAAGUUGCUCCUCCGUCUGCGUUCAAGCGAUUCCUCGAACUCUGCUAGCAACAAAGAGGGCUGCCUGUACCCUGUGUCUCCAGCUGGUGAUUCAAUCGAAACCGAGUCACCAAGUUCAUUUGGUGAACAAGAGGAUGAGAACGAGUAUAAAACAGGGGACGAGAGCAUUUUGCUGACCAAGUCCUCGCCGUCAGUGCUGAUCGAUUCCGCGGAGGAGGACGCGCUGAGGAACUCCAGGGUGACUGCUGUUUCAGAGAAUGACAUAUCCUCGUUGCAGACGGUGUUCAGCGAGUCGGAAAAUGUGUCGAACCAGGAGACGGAGACUGAGACCGAGGAAGGUUCCUCUUUACCACUGAGUCCAGCUGGUCCGUCCACAGGAGGUCUGUCCUCUUCUACGGUACCCUAUUACAACUUCCUCUGCGUGAACGGAGGUGCAAUGCGCCAGGAGAUGACCAGCACUAGCUCUCCACAGUUGUCCUCGGACAGCAAUCAUAGGUCGAGUGCUGAGUCUACUCCAGCUGAUGCUUGUAGCAGUUCGUUCAAUGUAGAGAACAGCUCCAGGAUAGAUACUCUGAAGCCUGAAGGCUUGGAUAGCUCGUUUUGCCUGCCAGCUGCGAGAUCCUGUCCCAAUUUGGAGAGACAGAGCGCUGGAUGUUCGCCUGCUAGUGGAUCCUCUGGGUCCAGUCCUAGUCCAGGACCUAUUGGGCCUAGGUUCAAACCGAUUGAAGAGGGGGAUAUUCAAGUGUGCUUUUUGAAUCAUACUAAGACACUUGUUAAGAAGAUACUGUCGAGUAAAUAUCUAAGGAGAUGGGAGACUCAUCAUUUGUAUUUGAACGACACCUGUAUCUCGUCCAAAACGCCAACAGGAUUUUUUCAACAGCCUAUACCAUAUAACAACAUGUCGGACAUACGGAAGUAUGCUGUUGCUAGAUGGGAUCCUACUUACAAGAAUUGCCUCAGCAUAGUUCUACCAGACAGUUCUCUUCUUCUUCAAACAAAUAAUGCUUAUACGAGGGACCAAUGGUAUCAUUCCAUAUUGUGGAAGAGGAGCAUCUUUAAAUAUCAACAUCUAGUAUCUCUGAAUACGCGAGAAGAGGUGGUCAUUAAGGAGUUAAAAUCGAUGGUAGAUUUCGCGCUUUGGACGUCACUGCAGGACGAAAGAGUAACCGCUGCUCCAUUGGAAGCAGUGGCGAAGCUCCUUGAGGAUUCAGCUUUCGAGAAUCCAGGAGAGAAGAGUACCGAAAAAUCGAUCGAGGAGAUAUCUCGUUGUCAAAACGAUCGAAAACAGUGGGCAGAAGCUGUUCUAUCGGUGGUGUCUCCUCUUCUUGACAAAGUGGCACUUCCGGCCUGUCUAGCCAGAGUUCUCGUUAAACUAGCUCAACAGCAUCCGCAGUCAUCCUUGGUCACGGCCAUAAGUCCGGCUAUCACGAGGUGUCUGAAGCACACCGUGGAUUUCGGCAAAUCUCCGGACAUGAGGAAGCUGCUGCAAGUUUUCAUAGCUGCUCUGCAUGCAACAGACGGUGAACUAGCGAUCAGAGAUUACAUCGCUUCGGUUCACGGACCCGGAAGUGACUGUCCUCAUCCGAGAGUGCUACCUAAUUUGGUGUCCGUCUGUGUCGCUGCGAUUUUUCAUAGAUUCGAAGUGGCUAAUCGUUCUUUACCAGAAAAUGAUCAGUCACCAACUUUGCCGCCAUUGGAUUGCUAUUUAUUGGUGCUAAAUAUCGCAUCAGAAUAUGCCGAUUGGAGGCCAGGAUUCGGUGCUCUCUUGCAGCCUGUGCCAUUCCCAGAGGAAGCUUUCGCCACGAAAGAGGUUCAACAGUCGGUACUAAUGUGCGUGAUAAGUCGCUUAGCAAAAGACUCGAGGUGCGUUGUUCAUCGCGUUCUACUUCCGGUCAGAGAACUCAGACCUGGAUGGAUCCAUAUUGCAGCACCGUCUAGUCCAGAUUGUCCUGAUCAAGGAGAAUUAUUUGGCGAAAUGUUAACAACCUUGUUGGCGUGUUGCUGCCGAAGAAAGAGGUUUAUCAGCUGGUUGAUGAAGCAGGUACGAGAUGAUUGCAUACUUUUGGCAGUGAGAGGCUGCGAAGCUGCGCAAGAAGCACUUUGUUUGAUGUUAGAAUGGCAUUUGCUGUCAAGUAAGGAAGCUAAAUUGCAAAUAGUCAGUGCGUUAGAGUCGACCAUCUCGGGGAAGGAACGCUACGCUGCUCUUUGCCAGAGGCAGAGGAAUUUGCAGCAACUGCUACGAAAAGGUGGCCCUAGAAGAUUGACGUUACCAGCUCGUGCUACAGACGCAGAUGUCGCUCUUCUUUUGGGUGGUAGAGCUCUUGGAAGUUUGGAGUAUCUCAGCUUAGCCUUCACCUCGGUAACUUCGGCCUGCGCCGAGCAGCUUAUCAAAUUGCCAGCUUUGAGGCAUUUGAACCUAUGGGCCACGCAGUUUGGAGAUGCUGGCCUGCAAAUGAUCAGCGAGCACAUGCAGAAGCUACAGGUUCUGAAUCUUUGCGAAACACCUGUUUCCGACAAAGGAAUCUCCACGUUGGCCUCAUUGACAAAUUUAAAGAAGCUGAAUCUGAACAGCACGAAACUGUCCGUACAAACGUUCGAAUCUUUGAAGAAAUGUUUACCAGCGCUGCAGGAAUUCGACGUGAGAUACACGGAGGCAUGGUGACCAGAGCUUUCAUCUUACAUUCAAUCGAAUAAUUCCAACAAUAACUCCAAUAUCAAAGAGAAAAGACAAAGUUAAAUGAGAAUUAAACAACAAGGAAGGAAGGCAUUUCACGAGUCAACAAAGUAUUUCGAGAGAAAAGUUAUUUAGACGUAAGAACAAUAGAGGAUGUUUCGUUGUGGGGACCGGAAGUGUGAAUCAAAGGACGUAGUUAAAUAGUCUGGAUAAUCGAACGUGCGAAUACCGUUCGAGUUCCGACAAAAGUUUUCUUUGUUUCGUGAAAACGUUAUAGUCAGUUUUAAGAUUGAUGAAGAAGCACGUGACUAGGACCACAAUAAAAGUCUGACAGAGAUGAAGAGGUUAUGAGAAAAAACUUCCAAGAAGUGUUACAAACUGCCCAAGGAUUGUCGUUGAUUAAACAAAACGAGGCAAAAGGGGAAAAAAAUGAGAGAAAAUAAAA